CGGCCCGCCCAGCAUGUCCCGCUCCGAGGAGGUGCAUCGCCUCACCGAGAAUGUCUACAAGACAAUCAUGGAGCAGUUCAACCCCAGCCUCAGGAAUUUCAUUUCUAUGGGGAAGACCUAUGAAAAAGCCUUAGCAAGUAUGACAUAUGCAGCAAAAGGAUACUUUGAUGCUCUGGUUAAGAUGGGAGAGUUGGCCAGUGAAAGCCAAGGAUCUAAAGAAUUGGGAGAUGUGCUCUUCCAGAUGGCAGAAGUCCACAGGCAGAUCCAGAACCAACUGGAAGAGAUGCUCAAGUCCUUCCACAAUGAGCUCCUGACACAGCUGGAGCAGAAGGUGGAGCUGGACUCCCGAUACCUGAGUGCUGCACUGAAGAAAUACCAGACAGAGCAAAGGAGCAAAGGGGACUCCCUCGACAAGUGCCAGGCAGAGCUGAAGAAACUUCGGAAGAAGAGCCAAGGCAGCAAAAACCCCCAGAAGUACUCUGACAAGGAACUGCAGUACAUCGAAGCCAUCAGCAACAAGCAAGGUGAGCUGGAAAACUACGUCUCUGAUGGCUACAAGACAGCUCUCACAGAAGAGAGGAGACGGUUCUGCUUCCUGGUAGAGAAACAGUGUGCAGUAGCAAAGAGCGCCAUCACCUACCAUGCCAAGGGAAAGGAGAUGCUGACACAGAAGCUGCCACUGUGGCAGCAGUCUUGCUCAGAUCCCAACAAGAUCCCGGACCGCGCUAUACAGCUGAUGCAGCAGAUGGCUGCCAGCAGCAAUGGCACCAUCAUGCCCAGCCCUCUGUCUACAUCCAAAUCCAACCUCAUCAUCUCUGACCCUAUCCCUGGUGCCAAACCUCUCCCUGUCCCCCCGGAGCUUGCACCUUUUGUAGGACGCAUGUCGGCGCAGGAGGCCAUGCCAGUGAUGAACGGAGUCUCAGGCCCAGACAGUGAUGGGUACAACCACUGGUCUGAGAUGAAGCCAGCACAGCCCAAAUCUUUAUCUCCUUCCCAGCCUCAGAAGCAGCUGAGUGACUCUUACUCCAAUACACUCCCAGUUCGCAAAAACGUGCAGCCGAAAAACAGCUACGCAUCCGCUGAAAACAAGACGCUGCCACGCUCCAGCUCCAUGGCUGCAGGGCUUGAGAGGAACGGCAGGACGAGGGUUCAGGCCAUUUUCUCUCAUGCUGCUGGAGAUAACAGCACCCUCCUGAGCUUCAAGGAAGGUGACCUUAUCACACUGCUGGUGCCAGAAGCCAGGGACGGCUGGCACUAUGGAGAGAGUGAGAAAACAAAAAUGAGGGGCUGGUUUCCUUUCUCCUACACCCGAGUCCUCGACAGUGAUGGCAGCGAGAGGGUCCACACAGGCCUGCAGCAAGGGAAGAGCAGCAGCACUGGCAACUUGCUGGACAAAGAUGACAUCUCCAUCCCACCACCUGACUACGGCAUGGGCUCCCAAGCCUUCCCAGCACAAGGCGUCAACACCUUCAAGCAGAGGCCGUACAGUGUGGCCGUGCCUGCCUUCUCCCAGGGUCUUGAUGACUAUGGGACAAGGUCUGUCAGCAGAAACCCCUUUGCCAACGUCCAGCUGAAGCCAACGGUGACGAACGACCGCUCGGCUCCGUUCAUCAGCUGAUCCGGGAGCACUGGUGCCCACCCUGCCACGUGGCACUCGCCGCCACCUCCUCCUCUUUGCCACUGCAUGUCCAGCUUGCCCAGGACUUUGUUUGUAGGCAGAAUUUAUUUAAUCCUGCUGCUUUGAAAGCCAAAGGCUAAAGCUAGUGCCCUAGUUCUCCUCUAGCCCCAGCUCAUUCCUCUUGGUGGCCAAGGGUUAAACCACUGCCUGUAGCCUGUCCUUUGCCUGUGCAGAACCAUGAUGGCAGCAUGUCCCAGAGCCAGUUUGGCUUUUAGGGCCAGCAGAAGCUCACCAUGGUUGGAAGAACAACCUCAGCUGGAAAACAGCUCUCCAGAGGGGAGCUGUGCUUCAGCCUUGCAGCAAUGGCAGAGGGGAAAUGCUUCCCUUGCUCUCCUUUGCCCAGCCACCAGGGAUACUGUGCAAACCAAAGGGGUGGUGGGAACUGUAGGCAGCUCCCACUCCCCCUGCCCCAGAGUGGGAGACAGCGGGAUGCUGCCAGCAGGAUGGGGCCAGCUCCAUGCCCAGAGCUCCUGCAGGUCCAGGUCUGCGUACAGUAGGGUGUGAUGGUACUGCUGUAAAAUAUAAGCUAAGAAACCCACUUUUGGAGGCAAGGGCUCUGUUUAAGAGUGCCUUAGGGUGCCUUGGGCCACAGGGUGCCCAGCAGUGGCAUCCUGUUCCCCUCAGACUGUCCCAGUCCAGACCUCUUGCUUGGCUGUUUGCUCUUCCUCUAUUACUAGGGCUGCAUGAGAGAGAGAUAGGUAGAGAGUAGAGAUAAAUUUACAGCUCCAUGCACACUUGCUAAGCUUAUCGCAGGGGGGGGUUGCGUGCCCACAAGCAAGCCACCUCCUGGCCAAUCCCACAGCUCCUGGCUCCUGCUUGCCCUGAGCUGUGCCAACAUCAGGGUCACAUCCCAGAGCCAGGAACAGGGAGAAGGUUUUUCCAGGCAGGAGCUGCAGCUGUGUGCCAGGCAGCACCCUCAGAGUUUUUGCCUUUUCCGUUGUGUUUGUCGUUUUGCACUUUUUAACCACCAGUGCACCAUGGCCUGUUCAGCAGUUGCCAAGACCCAGGCACAGAGAUUGCUCCCAGGGGUAGUUCCCGUAGGUUUCCAUGUGGGCAGAGCUCUUGCCCAGUCAUGGAGUGAUGGCUCAUCACUGCUGUGUCCCUUUUGAUGGUUUUUGCAGCUUCACCACUGGAAAGCAGCUUCUCCUGGAACCAGCCGGGCUCUGGUCAGCCAGCUGCUUCAUCUUCUCCCAGGGCUGGAGCUGAUGGAUAUAGGGACAGACAAUGGAUGAAGGAGAGGAUGGGGCAAGGGCUCUGCUGUGAUGUGGGAGAGGGCUGGGGGCUCACAGCCCAGGAUGAGGGCAGGCCUGGGGGUCCCCCUUGGCCAGCAGACCAACGGUAUCUUCUUCCAGCCCCGUGAGGGGGUCAUGCCUGCUGGCACCCCCCCAGACAGUCAACCCAGGCUCCAGCCUGCCCCUAGGGCUUUGUUGCACCUCCUGGCUUGGUGAAACCUGCAAGAUGUAACCUGAAAUAAUUUUUUAAUGAGAAAAAGUAAUUUAUGAGCAAUAAAAUCCCCCCCAACCCUUCUCACCCACAGUGUUUUCCUUUGCUGGAAGCAUCAGCCUGGCCCUGGAGCAUCACUGGUCUCCAUUCCCAACCACUCCAGUCCCAGUCCCGGGCUGAUGUGCAGCGUCUGGCAAGAGCUGGCAGCUGCCCCUGUGCUGGGCAAUGAUCUGGGCAGGAAACAGCUUAAGAUAUUUUAAAAACUUUAUUAUUGGCCUGAUGAUAUUUGACACACAUGCUGGGAGCUGUAUGGAAAUCAGCACUGAUUAAAAAAUACAGCAGAUAUGACCCGUAUUGAUAAAAUAGACAAUGUAAUUGCAGCCUUUCUAUUA